GGGGUGGGGGUGGGGUGGAGGCAGGCGGUUGCCUUCUAGGGCAAGAGGGAGGGUCGGGCGCCUUCCCCGAGGCCCAGGGAGGGGGACCCGGGAGGGGCGCGUGUGAUUCUCGGGCGCAACUUUUCCGGCGGCGACGAUGAACCUGGACGAAGGGGAGGCGGCUUUGCCGGCCCGGCCCUUGGGCGACCCCCCCUUAGAUUCUCGUGAUCAUUCUCCUGAUGAAGGACUGGUGGAAGACCUUUCUGUGGUAGACAUGAAAGCUGUGGAACAACUAACAGAAGGGCUGGUUUCUCAUUAUUUGCCUGAUCUACAGCGGUCGAAAUUAGCCUUGAAAGAGCUAACACAGAAUCAAGAAGUGCUGCUAGAUACUCUACAGCAAGAAAUCUCCAAAUUUAAAGAAUGUAAUUCUGUUCUAGAUAUUAAUGUGCUGUUUUCAGAAGCGAAGUACUAUUAUAAUAAGUUGGUAAACGUCAGGAAAGAGAUGAUGCUGCUGCACGAGAAAACAUCAAAGUUAAAGAGAAGAGCCCUCAAACUCCAGCAAAAGAGGCAGAAGGAAGAACUUGAACGGGAACAGCAGCGGGAGAAAGAACUGGAAAGAGAGAAGCAAUUAACGGCCAAACCGGCCAAGAGAUCAUGAAAGUGGGACAUGUUCUGACUUGUUGGUGCUAAGGAGAGCAUUCUCGGACUUGUGGGAAAGUUGUGCCUGCCAAGAAGUCUGUUCAGGACCAUCUGCUUAUUUCCAGGUUGCUCUUCUCUGAUCAGGAGGAAGCUUAGCUUUUCAGAAGCUCUGGGGCCUCUUUGGUUCAGCCUAACACUGUGGUGCAAACAUUUUUUUUCACAGACUGGGUAUAAAAAUAUUAUUUUUGUGUAUCUGAUUUUACAAUAUCUUAUCUGGUCUGGACUGGCAUGUACAAAUCUACAUUUUCUCCCUCUUAAUAGUUAUGGUCUGCCUCAUUAACUGGAGUGUAAAUUCAAUUAUUUGGGACACUUCUGAGCACUUCUUAGUUGUGACCCCCAGAGUGUCGGAACAAUAUUUUAUUUGGAAUACAAGUCCCAGAAUCCCCCAGCCGGUAUGGUGGUGCUAUUGCCAGAGCUGUUGGUCCAGCCAUUAAGAUCUGCAGGCUGUACUGAUCACUGAUUCUUCCCUGCCUUGUUGGCGUUCAUCAAAGCAGCUGUGGCGGUGGCUGCGGGUGGCCGUGCGAGGUGCCCUGGUUAGCAGGACCCUCUGCGCUUAAUUGUGAGCUGAGCAGAAGGCAAGGUGAUGGAAAGGAGCAUCAAAGCCUCACAUUUUCAGAAGGACCCAUGCAGGGGCGGGUGGGAGAAUCCAUGCAGAAUCCCUGUUGAAAGGAACAUGGUUUCAGCGAAGGUGGCCGUUUUGCUCUUGACUUGUCCAACCUUGUUGGCUUUGUGUUUGCAGCUGUUUUCUACAGAAGGGCAUCAACGGCAGCCACUCUCCCUCCAUCCAACAGCUGUUCUGAAUAACCUGUGGGGAGGUCUUUUAGAUGGGUGCCCACGCCAUCACGAAAGGCAACUCUCGUAUCUGUCUGCACAGCUAGUGGAAGAGAAUAAACUAGGUCCAUGGUUUAUUGCUUUGCUUUAAUGACAUGCUUUUCAUUCGUGGAUUGCCAUUUAGCCAGAAACCCACCCACCCCAGAUUUGGGGAAAACAGUUAGUGGGAAACCCAGUCUUUUUAGCUGUCUUAGGGUCAGAAGGAGGUUAUUUUCAACAGGCAGGUUGUAAAGGAUAAAGAGUUCUUUUUUGGCUUCAAACCGAACUUAAUGUCAAUGUGUACUUCUUAACCAGCAAAAAGACGAGAUAAAUACCUGUCUCGUGUGUUUCUAAAAAAGUAAUGUAUAUAGAUUUCUGAAGUCAAAGAUGGUUUCAGUUGAAUGGUAGAAAUUCACAGCUAGAACAUUUAGAUUGGUCACCCAGAAGGUUUCCUGGCCAUAUUGUGGAAGAAUAAAGAAAAACAGCCCAAGACAUUGUUGUAUAUCCUUGUGUUGUUGGUCUUAGUAUCUUGUCUGAGGGUUGUGCUGUGUGAUACAAUGUGUUCCCUUCCCUUAAGAGAGGAAAGAGGGACAUCAGGUGGGGAAAACCGUGACAGGUUUCAGAUGUCCUAACCGGAGAAAUACGUCUGUGCUCGACCAACAAUUACACGUGAAAGAUAGCCAGCCCCUUUAAACAUAACUUAUUUUCAACUUACUUGCGCCCAGCACUAAGCCCACAGGCAGAUGAAUAGUGUAACACUGCGGCUUGCCACAGGCUGGCAUGCCUGUGACAUCCAUGAGCGACUGAGACGUCAACGGCUAUGUAGAUGUCAUUGACUCUGUGGGUCUGUUGGGUUCAGGCCCAGGGUCUCUACAGGACUGAGAAGAAGCAUGGUUGAGGGGAACGGCGCCCAAUCCCUUGUUUCAUCUUUAUUGCUUCUCUGAUACACAUAACACCUUCUGCGUGUUUGUGUAUAUAGGACUGGCCAUUUUCUCAAGAUUCCUGUACUACCCAAGUGACUGUGGGUGUUGCAUUCUUGUAUUUUUAGAGGGCGCUAAGUUGGGAAAAGGCUGCUGUAGAGCAUAGUAAAAUAAAGUGGCACCAAUA